UAUUCAUUGACUCGUCACGGGCAUUAUUCCAAAUUUACUCAAACUCGAACUUGUUAUCAUGGGGUCGUGUUGUGGAGCUUUGUGCAGAGAAUUAGACAUCAGAAACCUUGGUUUGAAGUUCCAUGAACCUAGAGCGUUCAGUGAAUCCCCGGCCUUGCCUCUGCCACUGUUCAUCUUCUAUAGAGCUUUCCUUGGAUCUUUUUUUGUUGCUGCUUAUGUCUAUGUGGUUCUUGAAUACCAGUCAUAUCUCAUCAUCCUGCACUUUGCCUACUGGAGUUUAGCGUUUGUAGCAUUAUACUUCAUAUUCGGAUGCUUGACUUCAAUAUGGCAGUUGCUUUGUGGCAGUUCCCUUGUUCAAUCUUCUGAGGGUACUUCAAAGACCUCUGGAUAUCAUUUUCUGGAGCAUCCAUUGGGUGAUACAUCAUGUGCGCUAAGGCCUGGGGAAAGGGAUGAUGACAAAGAUUUAUCACGAAAAUUACCAAGAUUGAACCUCCUGGCCUGGCAUCAUGAGGUCCUCUGGGUCCUUAAUUCCAUCGCUGCUGACACCUCUGUCGUCGUUCUGGUAGCUUACUUUUCUUUCUGGUUUCACGGCCUCCAUUUUACAAUAGCGGGCUACAUUGACUUAGUCCAGCACAUUGCACCGUUUUUGGUCAUGUUCAUCGAUUCGUUCGUUCAUGGGUUCCCUGUGCGUCUGUUGCAUGUGAUCUAUGCCAACAUAUUUGGUGCUGUGUAUGUAGUUUUCACAAUCAUUUAUAUUCUAACGGAGGUGCCCGAUCUCAAAGGCAACCCUACGACCUUCCCUUCAUUGGAGUUUGGCAACACGCCUAUCAUCUACACUGCAUGGUUGGCUGUUUAUAUUGGAGUUGGAUUCUUAGUGGCACAGCUAUUCUUCUAUCUCAUGUACAAGAUAAGAUGCGCACUUAUCAAAAGUGGCGAAUAAGAAAACCAAACAAUGACAAUAAUGAAUUAAAUUCCACAAUGCAUGUAAAAAGAAGGUUUCCAUGGAAACAGAAAAGUGUCCCAAAAUGAAAAAAAGGUCAUUAAGAAAUUGAACAUUUUCUUGGUAGUUAUGUUAAAUUUAGUUAGCAAGCCUCAAUCGAGAAGACUUUUGAAAUAUUCCCCACCCUGUCAGCCAAGUUUCUUUUCAUUCCUGCUAAAGGUCAAAGCAAGUAAAAUUUCUAUGCCAUUUUUUGCAAGGCUGACACUAACCAAUCAAGAAACUUGUAAUGACGUCAUUGUACAUUAACCUUUCUUUGCACUCAGGCAAUGGUUCAAAGUUAUGAUAGUAUUGAUACAAGUAGGAUUUCAUGACACUAAUUUAUAAAAAUAAUUAAAUGCUUUUUUCGAAUUUCAUUAAUGAAUCAUUUAUUAAUCAUAACGAGUAGCCACCUUCACAAUUUGCUGAGCCAUCUUGAAACUUUUUGAAGAAGUCAAUUUACAGAAACUUUUCAAACUCUAGCUAGGAAGAUGCCUAUCUAAAGCACAGUGUACUGUAGAUUUUAUGUUCAAAAUCAUUGUUUCUGUCUUUUGUAAUAAAUGCACAAAGUAAACCAUAAUAUAAUAGCAAUAUGAUGACGUCACUUGCUACCAGAAUCCCUUGCAGAAUUCCUUAUCACAAAAGAAUGUUGUGAAAGAAGUAUAUAAUGCCAGUGUAAAAUUGUAUUUGUAAUAAAAAUGUUUCGCUGUUUUAAA